GUUGUCGUAAAACGUUGUUACGACAGUUACAUCACUUUACGAACAUCAUGUAACUUUGCUGCUGUCCACUGUCCUUGUAAAGAUGUACAGCACAUAUGUCACCUACUGAAGCUAGCUGACACAAAAUCAAUCAAGAACAGAGACGCAACAUGGCGUCUCGUUUCCUGAAGUACACGGUACUUCUUCAGAAGUACCGGACUCCGCUGCUCAUUGCGAGCUGUGGUGGGGUCUUUGCAGCCAACAUGUUCUACCAUGUUUGCCCUGACAUGUCCUUCCGUCAGCUCUAUCAAGCCUGGUACAAAGGAGAGCCUGUCACACUGUCUGAAAAGCUGGAGGAGGUUUUUCAGCAGGUGUUGAAGGACUAUAGCAUCAGCUCCGCCAAGAAUUUCUCUGCCUUUGCAUCUUUUGGCUUCCAUCCGGUCGGUGCAGGUGUUCCGUGGCUUCCUGCAGGGGCCCAAAUUGGCAUCCCAGCUAACUUUAACAGCACUACUGAUGACCCAAGUGGAAUAACCAACCGCACCAUUUUCAUCAAUGGCAAAACAGUGGACUGGAGCAGUGAAACCGGUUCUGCUCUGAAGGAGUCCCUGGUGUUUUCCACCGACGCACAGAAGUUUGCCAUCGCACGAGAGGUGGCCCGCUUGCAGUCUGGAGGACCUGUUAUAAGUGCUGCUGUCGCCCCAUUCUGUCUGGGUGGGGUCUGGGUCUACAGCGUGGUGUUGAAGCAGGUGUUUGGCCUUCACACUGGGCCUGUGCUGCUUCGUGGAGCUGCAAACGUUCUGGCGCUGGGUAUUGGUGCUGUUUCCUACAUCCUCACCUCAGAUGCCGUCAGCCAGUGGAUUGACAACAGCUCAGACCGACGUGCGGCUGGAGUGUCCCGCGAUUAUGCCAAAGGAGGGGUAGAGUUUUACGAUAAAAUUCUGUCUAGAAACAAGACACUGCGCUCACUGAUGGGGCAGAAAGGAGAGGAGAUGUAUGCUCCCAGUGGGAACUUGUUUCCCGCUCACAUCCUUCAACUGAAACAUACACCAUACACAUCCAGGAGGGAAGGGAUCCUCGCUCUGCUGAAAGAAGAGAGAGGGUGAAAGACAGCUUUUUCUGUAGAUGUCACCUGGACAGCUGUAAUGAUCGACUAAGUAUGGAAGUCUGGCAAAAGAUGGAACCGUCCCUCACAGCAGGACAGACCACAGUGCACGCACUUUAAUUAGACAUCAUGAUGUGAAACUGACUAACACAGUAUUUUCCAAGUAAAUUUAUACAACGCUUCCAUCUUUCUUCUGUUAGUCAUGGAAUUGUGCUCACAAACAAUGAACGGCAAUGUUCUUGUAUUCAUCACAGAUCAGAAAAAAGACCCUUUUAAGAGAGCGACACUCUAAGGACCCAUUAUUUGAAUGACCCCAACUAAACUGUUAAGUGAUAAUAAUCUUAAUAUGCAUCUUAUGGCGACUCAGAACUCAUCAUAUAGCUCAGAUUCCCCGAGGUCAGCUGUCUGCUUAUUAACAAGGUUUAGAUAGGGUGUUUUAAUUAUAUUACCAAUCUUGUACCCUGUGGACUGAACUAAAUAUAGAAGCAUGUAAUUAAUAAUGUUGCAGACAGACCUACGCAGACACUUUUUCUCUUUACAUCAGAGUCCUUCGAUAGACCAAACCAUGGAAGUAGCUAUUAAAACUGUGUGACUGGAUGAGAUCAAAACUAGAGGGCACUUUUUCUGAUAAAUUUCAGAUUCAGACGCAUGAAGCUGAGGGAAGUGGUGUAAAAGAGAAGGCAAGCUUGCAGUGUUGUUCUGCAUCAACAACCACCCUUGCUGUGUUAUUGCCCUGGAACAAGCAGCUGAAUUUGUUCCAGAUCCAUGAUUAUGCAGCAGAUUAUGGACACUGACACUGUUGUUCCAAAAGUAAUCCCCUAUUAGGUCAUACAACUUUGAUUUUUUUUUUUUUUAAGUUGGAAAGAAUGUAAUGUAAUCCUGUCAAACAGCUUUGAAUUUUUAAGUCUACUUCAUCAUUUCCCUGACAACAAAGUGUCUUUUGGAAUCAUGCAUAUCAGCAACACUGGGGUUAUUGUCUUGUUCUCACCACUCUGCUUCAUCUGCUUACUUCAUUGUAGGGGCCCGACUGAGUUAUCUGCACACAGGCCCAUUGUUUGUCGCUCUGUAGCAUGUUUUUGGAUGAACCACUUGAGGUCAGUACAGCCCACAUUACCAGUUUCAUAGUUUGGGACUAUCUUUCUUUUACAAUAUUCAUGAAUGACGAGCUACAGAUUCAUUCGGCCUGAAUGGGAGGUAGUGGGUGUUUUUUUCUUAUGCUUUUAAGAAGAAUAUUCAUAACUAGAUUCAUUUUAAAGUCACGCUGAUUUUAUUCUGAAAUUCUGACUUCUGAAGAAACAUCCAUCCGUUCAUCCAUCCAUCCAUCCAUCCAUCCAUUCAUUAUCUAUGCACCGGUUAAUCUUCAUUCGGGUCGCGGGUAAGCUGGAGUCUAUCCCAGCUGGCUUAGGGUGAAGGCAGGGGACACCCUGGACAGGUCGCCAGUCUGUCGCAGGGCUGCAUAUACAAACAAUCACUCCUGAAGAAAGAGCUCUUUAAAAAUAACAAAUGAAAAUAUAUCACAAUUUGGAAAUGCAUUUGGAAUAUUAUAAAAUAAAAUAAAAUGUAUUUUUGCAUUAGGUCAUGGUAUCAGACACACAUUCCCACUGCCCCUUCCUCUUCGAUUUGAUAUAAUUUUCCAUUUUUAGGGCCUUUUAAAAUGAGUAUAAAUUCAUUUUCACAAUUCAUUUAUUUUUAUGAGUGUAAUUUGCACCAUAGGUAAUGCAUUUGCCACAUUAGAGCAUCCAAAUACUUUUAAGGUCUGCAGAAGGAACCAUAUAUUGCGCAUGCAGCUCCCCAAUUUUCUGUUAUGCAGAUUAUUCUGUGAUACAGGAAGCCCAAUGUUUUUAGUAUGAAAUAAAUAUUUAAAGCUGUGA